UGCUAUAUCUGUACGGAAAGCAAACUCACCAUAAAAAAAAUAAAAUAAAAAAAAGUCCCGUUUAAAUAUUUUCACUUUAUUAUUGCUUUACUCAAAUGGAAAAAAAUCCAAAAAAAAAAGGAAGAAGAAGAAAGAUAUAGUUUUAUAUCUCCUUACAUUCUCCUUUGAGCCUUUUUUCUGCCUAACCAAUUGGAGAGAAUUGAAUAGUGUGACUUCUUGCUUGGCCAUAAAAGGAAUCUUUCUUUUUCCUGCAACCAAGCUUAAGAAGAUCUCUCUGUCAACCUCCUUUUCUAUCUCUAAACAUCACUGGUGGACUUGACUUUGGUUUUCUGUGAGGUGUAAACAGCACCAGAAGAAAGACAACAUAGAAAUAGGGUGAGCUGAAUUUGUUUCUUGGGGAAGAUGACUCGCAAGAAAAUCCCGAUCAAGAAGAUAGACAACACAACUGCAAGGCAAGUCAGUUUCUCAAAGAGGAGAAGAGGGCUCUUCAAGAAAGCUUGCGAGCUCUCAAUUCUAUGUGAUGCUGAGAUUGCUCUCAUGGUGUUUUCUGCAACUGGAAAGUUUUUUGAGUACUCAAACUCAAGCAUCGGGCAAGUGAUAGAAAGGCGUAAUCUGCAUCCCAAAAACCUUGACAAAUUUAGUCAACCAUCGGUUGAGCUUCAGCUUGAUAGUGCUGUGCAUGCCAUGUUGAACAAGGAAAUAGCAGAGAAAACCCGUGAACUGAGGCGAACAAGGGGAGAAGACCUGCAGGGACUGAACAUGGAAGAACUAGAAAAAUUAGAAAAAUUAAUUGAAGGAAGCUUGUGUCGUGUCAUGGAAACAAAGGGAGAAAAAAUUCUAAAGGAGGUCGAUGCUCUCAAGUCCAAGGAGCAGCAAUUAAUAGAAGAGAACCAGCGAUUGACUCAGAGAUUAAUGAAUUUAUCAAAGGGACAAGGGCAUUUGCUCGAACAAGGCCAGUCUUCAGAUUCUAUGGUGACCAAUAUCAGCAGCAACUCAGCUUAUCCUCGUCAGGACUACGACAACUCUUGUUCUUUUCUUACACUGGGGUUACCUUUUCCUGAUUGAAUGCGAAAGAUGGAGGAUUUUCCAACAAAAUUUAAUGGAUUUGCAGUCGUUAUAUUUUUCAAAUAAAACCUUCAUCUUGGCUUGUACGUGGUUAAUAUUUGCUUAUUGAUUCAAGAAAUUCACGGGGUUUAAGAUACAGAUCAUGUGUGGUUGUGUGUAUAUGCAUUUAUGGAUCAAGGGUUCCCAUAUUUCCUUUAAGGUAAAAGGAAAUGAGGUGAAGCUGUUGAAACAUGUAGUAAUAUAUACGAAUUUAGCUUGAGUUGAAGCUGCCA